UACUUUCAGUGAAAUGGCUCUUCAAUUUCUGUGUUUUUACCAACGUACUGGGAUAUUUUUUCUUCUUCUAUCAUCUUUAAUCUUUGCGGAAUGUGGGAAGAUCCUGGUGAUACCUCAGGAUGGAAGUCAUUGGCUCAGUAUGCGACCAGUAGUAGGAAAACUCCAGCAAAAUGGACAUGAUGUUGUUGUGGUUGUACCGUCAUCAAGUUUUUUUAUGAAGACAAAGGAACAUCAAAAUUAUACAGUGAAAGUAUAUCCAACACCUUAUACAGAUGAGCAUUUACAUGGCGUGCUCAAGUCAUUUGUUAAUGAUCAUCUUACUGAGCAAUCUACAUUGAAAGCAAUCAUCACUAUGUAUCACAGCAUUGUAGAAGCUUUCAGGUUUUUUUUCACCACGUGUCAGAGCCUCUUGCACAACGAAGAAAUGAUGCAGUAUUUGAGAAAGAGCAAAUUUGACGUCGUUUUCACAGAUCCAAUUCUGAUGUGUGGACCAAUACUUGCUGAUUAUCUUUCAGUUCCUUCUGUCUACUUCUUGCGAGGAUUUCCUUGCGGUAUGGAUUCAAAAGCUACCCAGUGUCCAAGCCCUCCUUCUUAUGUUCCCAGGCUCUUCCUAAAUAAUUCCGAUAGCAUGACAUUUGCUCAGCGUGUGAAAAACAUGCUGGUCAAUAUACUGGAGCUUGUUUACUGUCAGCCUUUAUUCACUCUAUUUGAAGAACUUGCGUAUGAGAUUUUGCAAAAGAAAGUGACGUCUACAGACCUUCUAAGCCAUGGAUCUGUCUGGCUCAUGAGAUAUGAUUUUGCCUUUGAAUUUCCAAGACCAAUAAUGCCAAACAUGGUUUUUAUUGGAGGGAUAAACUGUGCUCAGAAGAACAAGCUGUCUCAGGUAUAGAACUUUAUUUUAUUU